AUGCCGCCCUGCCCGCGUCCCGCGAGGGACCACAACUCCCAGCAGGCCACGCUCUACCGACCCUCCACUUCCUCCCUGCGCGCGGCCUUCUGGGAGCGGUGCUGCCCCGCGCGGCGCCGCACGGGCGGCGAGGGGAGCAGUCGAGCUCCCUCUUCUGGGACGCCGUUGCAGAGUCCGGCGGCAGCCGGGUUCCCAGCUCUCCUCAUCCCAGCAACUUCUCGGCUGGAAGCGAGGGCGAGGGCGAGGGCGGGGGCUCCCCGGCCGGCGCCAGCAGCAUCCAAAGCAGCCGCGGCGUCGAAGAAGGUCCCGGAGGCAGCAAAGCGGGUGGUGGCCGUGGCGGCAGCAGCGGCGGAGGCGACGGCGGCUGGAGGGACAGCAGCCGGAACCGCGACAGCUGGAGCGGCGGCGGCAGGGCAGCUCCCCCGGCCCCUCUGCGGGCCCCCAGACCAAGUGGCGCCCUGCCAGCGAAGCCCGAAGGUGGCGGAGCGCUCUCCCCCUCCCCCUGCGCCUCGCACCCCCCGCGCCCUGCAGGGACGGGGGCGGCGGCGGCGGCGGCUGGGGGGCACGGAGCUUGGGAACUUCUGGGCCAACACGCUGCUGCUGAAAGCGCGCCAAGGAGGAUAUGGCAAAAAAAAUGGUCGUAGUAGAAGAUGGAGGGAACUGCUGAAGCUGCCCCUUGUCAGCCAGUGCAGCGAGCUCAGACGUUCCAUUGGCGGAGUACGAGGUGGCCGACGACGAGGACCGCCGGAGGCGUGGACUGGCCGUCCUGAGCUCCUUCCUCAGCCCUGCCGAGGGACCAUCAGUUAG